AUGGCUCGGAAAGACUCACCUUUUGAUCUCGCGAAAUGCGCCAGGCCAAAUAUAAUCAGACUACAGCCCUACCGUUGUGCUCGGGACGACUACAAAGAUGACGGAAAGAAUAUCCUCCUCGACGCGAACGAGAACGCCUACGGUCCGGGAUUGGCUCUAGACAUGAACGGAGGCUACAAAGAACACAAUGUCGAGAAACCGCAGGUUGACUUCCUGGGCCUCAACAGAUAUCCAGAUCCGCACCAGAUUGCAUUGAAGGAGCGCUUUUGUCGGUUGCGAAACACGCGCACCCAUACCGACAAAGACCUGCUUCCAGAGAACAUGUUCUGUGGCGUUGGCUCCGACGAAGCCAUUGACGCUCUCCUGCGAUGCUUUUGUGUUCCGGGGAAAGACAAGAUCUUGACCUGUCCUCCCACGUAUGGCAUGUACGCUGUGAGUGCGGACGUGAAUGACGUUGAAGUGGUUCAUGUGCCUCUCAAUGCUGAAGAUGGCUUCUCGCUACAGCCCCAACUCAUCGCCGACAAGCUCUCUUCAGAUCCCUCAACCAAACUGGUCUAUAUCUGCUCCCCGGGCAAUCCUACCGGGGCGGUCAUCCGGAAGGAGGAUAUUCGAAAAGUCCUAGAACAUCCCACUUGGAAUGGGGUCGUAGUGGUCGACGAGGCUUAUAUCGACUUUGCCCCGGAAGGCUCAAGCCUGGCAGAAUGGGUUCUCGAAUGGCCGAAUCUGGUGGUGAUGCAAACCCUGAGCAAAGCGUUCGGUCUGGCUGGGAUACGGCUAGGUGUUGCUUUCAGCAGCCCGGAGAUUGCAGCACUGCUUAACAACAUGAAAGCACCUUAUAACAUAUCCAGCCCAACGAGUGCGAUUGCAACAGCCGCCUUGCACGACGACAACCUGGCAGUUAUGCGACAGAACAGAUUGAAGAUACUGAAACAAAGGGACAGACUUCUUGAAGAACUCCCUAAGGUACCAGGUGUUGGACAGUUUCAAGGGGGAACAGACUCCAAUUUCCUACUUGUUGAGAUCCUCGACAAACCCAGGGAACAAGGCGGCCAGCCUGAUAAUGUCACAUCUCUGGCGGUAUAUGAAACGAUGGCGGGCCAACGUGGAGUUGUGGUGAGGUUCCGCGGGAAGGAGUAUGGGUGCAAAGGAUGUUUGCGCAUCACCGUGGGCACGGAAAAGGAGGUGGAUCGAUUCCUGGAGGAGCUCAGGUCGGUUUUGCAGGAAAUUUAUUCUUCACGAGGCUGCCAUGUGAACGGUGUUGGGAACGAAGAAAGGCGCGAGAACGAAGCAAACGGGGUGAUAUCAUGA